GGAGCUGCUGCAGGAGGAGGAGGAAGAGGAGAUUUAUAGGACAACAGCAGCAGGAGGAAGAGGAGGAGGAGGAAUCCACACGACCAGAACUGCAGCACCUCUUCUUUUUCAGCUCCAGGAGGAUGGAGGGGUCUCAGCGGCUCAGUUUUCCCAGAGCCUGAAGACCUUGCUGGGUAUUGCUUCCUGUCCCCCCCGAGUGGAGGUCUGGUUCUCCGUCUGUCCUCUGUAGUCUCCUGAAACAUGGACAGCUUCCGGCUGCCGCCCGUCAUCGAGGAGGUUCUGGAUCCAUCCGACGAGCUGUGUGAGCUGAAGGAGACGAGGCCGAUCAUGCUGGGAGAAACUCUGACGGCCAAAGAAAGGGAAUCCCUGGAGGAGAAGGAGGAGGAGAAGGAGGUGAUGGAGGAGAAGAUGGAGGAGGAGGAAGAGGAGGAGGAGGAUGAUGAAGAGCUGAGGUCUCAGGUGUUCCAGCUGAUGAUGGAGCUGGACGACAGCAGGGAGGUUUCUCAGAGACAGGAGGAGAGUGUCCUGGAGCUGCAGGGUCUGUUGGAGGAUGAGCGUCUGGCCAGCGCUCACCAGGCGGAGAGCUUCACCAGACAGAUCCAGAGACUGCAGGGCGACCUGCGCUUGGCUCAGGAGGAGAUGGACCGUCUGGAGGAGGAGAAGGAGUCAGAGCUUCAGGAUCUGCAGGACGAGCUGCGAUUGGCUCAGGAGGAAGUGAUGCUGCUGCAGGCGGCGGCCGAGGAGGCGGCGGCCGAGAGAGAGAACGACAUAGCGUCCCUGCAGGAGGAGCUGCAGCGCCUCAGGGCCGAGAUCAGCAGGAGACAGCAGCAGAAAUCAGGUGAUCUGAAACUGAAGGGCGAGUUGGUCUCUCUGUCGGAUGAACGUCGAUUCCUGAGCAGCGACAACAAAGACUUGAGCGGGAAAGUCGAGAAACUUCAAGGAGACACGUGUGACGAGGGCGUGUACCUGGCGGUCUCUGACUGUGAGCAGGUAAAGGCCGACGCCUACAUCACACUGUCUGAAGCCGCAGACAGGAAACAGGAAGACCGACCAUCAGAGGAUCCGGAGAAGAUCUGCAGCUCGGAGAUCAGCGCCGUGAAGAUCCAACUGAGACACGCCGAGGAGACGGCUCUGAAAGUCCAGACUCAGUGUGAGGGUCUGAAGAAUGACCUGGAGGACCUGCAGCGUCUGUACGACAGCAGCCGGAGCGAGCGGGCGGUGCUGGAAGUGGAGCUGCAGCGCUGCAAGGCCGAGCUGCAGAAACUGGUGGACAGGAAGGCACAGAGCGUCCAUGGUGGUUCUGAACCCCCCAUCCUCUCCAUCCCCCUCAUAGGAAUGAUUGUUAUAGUGGCCUUGAUUUGGUGCUGGUGGGAGGAGAUGGCGUCAUAGAGGACCAGCGGAGCGAUGCUGAAGGCUGGAGUCUGGCGGUGGCAGUGGUGGCGGUAGCGGCCGUCUUGGUUCUGGUGGUCCCCAGCUUCAGCAGGGCCUGAGGACAGGAAGUCUCUGAACAGGAAGUGACCUCACAGGGAACUCAUGCCCUCACACAUGUCGCCAUCCUGCUGGUGUCGGCUUCACAGAGAUGUUUCAACCCGAAGGAAGCAAUGAGAUCAGAGGAUUUAGGAAGACUUUUCCUGCGGGACGUCGCUGUGCACAAAGUCCGUGUACGGAUCGGCUGUCAGCCGGCAGUCAGCCGUCACAGACUAAAAGUCCUCAUUUUGCUUUAUUUCAAACGUUUCCAUUGCUUUCCAACAUCAUAAUGAAGUGGAUGAUUUUAAACCUGGAUUUAUGUCAGAGAGUUGUUGUGUUUACUACCAGAGGAAGCUAAUCAACCAAUUCUGGAAAAAUUACUGAAGCCUUGAAUGAAAUACAAGGCAGCAAAACUACACUGUAGAAAAGUAAAAGCUCUUAAAGUAUUACUUAGCUAAAAGCAAAUACGUGUUAUCAGCCAAAUGCACGAAAGUACAUUUAACAAAAUGCAGAAUAGCCCUAACACGAGUAUUGUAUUUUCUUUAUUUGCAUUCUUUUCAUUUUAAAUGUUUUAUAUAGUUUUGGGCAAAUUAUCAGCUAGAUCUGCUUAAAUUAAAUGUAUGAAAGGAAGCAGUACGCCUUUCUAAGAGUGAAGUAUUAUUAUAGUUUUUCUACAUUUUGUUUUUAUCUGAUCUUAUUUCAUUGUUAAUAUCAGAUAGGUGUUUUGCCUUAUUGUUCGUGCUGGAUUAAAAAUAAUAUUUUGCUCUCGAGGAGAACAUGAAGGUGAUAAUGGAAGCAUAUCAAAUAUUUUAGUGUUUUUAAUACAUUAACUGUGCUUUAGUCCCGAGUCACGCUGUGUAUCAUCUCAUCAUAUCCUGAAAAAAAGACCAAUAAUGUCGAUUAUACCACAUUUUGGUUUUGUAGCAUGAUCAAAAAGAAGCUGAUUUAAGGAAAUAAUCAGCUUCAUGGAAUUUAAAAUAUGUGUAUUUGUUUGUUUAUAGUUCAAAAACAUUGGUACGUAUAUCUACAGCAGUCUAUACGUUUGUUAAACGUUUAAAAAUAUAUUGGUUGGAGAUUUAUUGUGUUUUCGACUGAUUCCACUGUGCCACGUUCAAACACAGAUUGCUUUAAAUUCACGACGGAUAUUUUUGCACAGCAGAUGGUUUAAACAAAAUGUAGUUUGGGGAGGGGGACAAAUGAUGUAUAUUUAUUUAUUUAUUGUCAUUAUUUUGUGCAUUAUUCUGGAAGUUUAAAGUUUUUAAAGUGUUAUUUAUGUAAAAACACAAACGUAAAAUUAGCUAAAUGCAUUUAAAAAAUACAGAACAGACCAUUCAUGAGAGUCCUAUUAUUACUGUAUUAUUGUUAUUAUCAUUAUUAUAAUUGUUAUUAUUUUCAUGUUGCUUAACGAGUUGGUUUGACAAUUAUAAUAUAGUUAAAACUUUAAAGGAAUCAUCAUUUAUAUUUUUUAACAUUAAAUCUAACAAACAGGCUGCUUAUAUAUAUAUAUAUAAAUAUAUAUAUAUAU